GAUGAUAAAUACAUGAGGAGAGAGGCUCUGAGCCUGCUUCUGUGCUGCGGGAGUGUCUCUCUCUCCCUCCCUCCCCUCUCCCUGCUUCUGUGUGAGUGUGUGUUUGGCUGCCGGGCUGUGUGUGCGUGUACACUGUGUAUAUAUAUCUGAGCUGGGAGGUUAUUGCAAGCUUCUCUCAGCAGCGCUCCUCUGUACAGGAAGACGGGCUCAGCUGCAGUGGUAGCAUCAACAGCAGCAUUAGCGGCACCAACUGCUUUAUUCGCCUUUCUUCCUUCCCUUCAUCUCCAUCUCCCUUUCCCCUCCCUCCUCCCACGUCUUUUAGGGGAUUGAUCUUCAUUUUUUUUUAUUAUUAUUUAUUUUUCUACUCUACAAUCCUUGUUAUUUGAUACUUCGUGGCUUUUUUUUUUUUUUCUUUUUUUCUUUCUCCCUUUCUCUGAGAAGGAGGCACAGAAACAAACACGCACAAACACAGAGAAAUAAGGGAAAGAAAAGUACCGGGACUUAUCCUGCUGCUGCAAACCCAAAGAUAGCAGACGAAGAGGGGGUUUGGCUUCUACCCCAAGGUAAAGCCCUGCCCCCUUUACCUCCUCGACACCUCCUCCGAGGAAGAGAAGGAGAGAGAGAGAAGGGGGCCAAAGUGGAGAAAAGCAGGUCUUCUGCGGCUGGCAUUUGGAGUACAGGGAGCCAGGAAGUGAAGGAUGGUUGUGGUUACCCGAGCUGGCUGCAGGGCAGCUCUCUUCCUCUGGAUUUUCAUCAGCAUUAGCUGCAGAGCCAGGACUGCUCUGCCUGCAUCUCAAAAGUGUGAUGAACCUCUGGUCUCAGCAUUACCACAUUCCUCCUUCAGCAGUUCAUCAUCCAUGACAAGCAGCUAUGUGCCAGGGUACGCCAAGUUAAACAAGCGAGGAGGUGCAGGAGGUUGGUCUCCAUCAGACAGUGAUCAUUACCAAUGGCUGCAGGUGGAUUUUGGGAACAGAAAGCAGAUCAGUGCUAUUGCAACCCAAGGCAGGUACAGCAGCUCCGACUGGGUCACUCAAUAUCGGAUGCUCUACAGCGAUACAGGGAGAAACUGGAAACCAUACCACCAGGAUGGAAACAUCUGGGCAUUUCCUGGAAAUACAAACUCUGACAGCGUGGUCCGGCAUGAUUUACAACAUCCAGUUAUUGCUCGCUAUGUGAGGAUAGUUCCUUUGGACUGGAAUGGGGAGGGCCAAAUUGGGUUAAGAAUUGAAGUCUACGGUUGCUCCUACUGGGCUGAUGUUAUCAAUUUUGAUGGCCAUGUAGUGUUACCAUACAGAUUCAGGAACAAGAAAAUGAAAACACUGAAAGAUGUCAUCUCUCUGAAAUUUAAGACCUCUGAAAGCGAAGGUGUAAUCUUCCACGGAGAAGGACAGCAAGGAGAUUAUAUCACCUUGGAACUGAAGAAAGCCAAACUUGUUCUAAAUUUAAAUUUAGGCAGCAACCAGCUUGGCUCUAUUUUUGGCCACACAUCUGUGACAACAGGCAGCCUCUUGGAUGAUCACCACUGGCACUCCAUCAUCAUAGAGCGCCACGGGAGGAACAUCAAUCUCACCCUCGACAGACACAUGCAGCACUUCAGAACAAAUGGAGAAUUUGAUUAUCUGGACCUGGACUAUGAGAUAACCUUUGGAGGCAUGCCUUUUUCUGGCAAGCCAAGUUCUAACAGUAGGAAAAAUUUCAAAGGCUGCAUGGAGAGCAUCAACUACAAUGGCAAUAAUAUCACCGACCUUGCCAGGAGGAAGAAAUUGGAACCUUCAAAUGUGGGAAAUUUAAGUUUCUCUUGUGUGGAGCCACACACAGUGCCUGUCUUUUUCAAUGCCACCAGUUACCUUGAGGUUCCUGGUCGUCCAAGCCAAGAUGUGUUUUCAGUCAGCUUCCUCUUCCGGACCUGGAACCCAAAUGGACUUCUUCUCUUCAGCCACUUCUCAGAUGACCUGGGCAAUGUUGAGAUUGACAUAAAUGAGGGCAAAGUCAGUGUCCAUAUCAACGUCUCCCAAGUGAAGAAGAACCGGAUAGACAUCGCAUCAGGCUCUGGUCUCAAUGAUGGGCAGUGGCAUGAAGUUCGGUUCCUGGCUAAGGAAAACUUUGCUGUCCUCACCAUUGAUGGUGAUGAAGCUUCAGCUGUUCGAACCAACAGCCCUCUGCAAGUCAAGACGGGAGAAAAAUAUUUCUUUGGAGGGUUUCCUGUACAGAUGAAUGACUCAGAUCACUCCCUAUUUGAGCAUUCUUUCCAAGGAUGCAUGCAGAGCAUUCAUGUGGAUGAUCAGCUGGUGGAUUUGCAUGCAGUGGAGCAAGGAGAACUGGGAAGCUUUGCCAAUGUCACCAUUGACAUGUGUGCCAUUAUUGACAGGUGUGUGCCCAAUCACUGUGAACACGAUGGUAAAUGCACCCAGACGUGGGACAGCUUCAAGUGCACUUGCGACGGAACUAAUUACAGUGGUGCCACGUGUCAUAACUCUAUUUAUGAACUCUCUUGUGAAGCAUACAAACACUUGGGCAAAACUUCAAAUUACUACUGGAUAGAUCCAGAUGGCAGUGGGGCACUGGGACCUUUGAAAGUUUACUGCAACAUGACAGAGGAUAAAGUAUGGACAACUGUGUACCAUGAUCUGCAAAUGCAGACUUCUGUGGGAGGUAGCAGCCAGGAGAAGUUAUCUGUGCUGCAGCUGAACUACAGUGCAUCAAUGGACCAGAUUUCUGCCAUUACCAGUAGUGCUGAAUACUGUGAGCAGUUUAUCUCCUAUUCUUGCAAAAUGUCCCGGCUGCUGAAUACACCAGAAGGGAAUCCAUAUACCUGGUGGGUUGGAAAAGCCAAUGAGAAGCACUACUAUUGGGGCGGAUCGGGACCUGGCAUUCAAAAAUGUGCCUGUGGCAUCGAACGCAACUGUACUGAUCCCAAGUACUACUGCAACUGUGAUGCUGAUUAUAAGCAAUGGAGGAAAGACAGUGGGAUGUUGUCCUACAAAGAGCACCUACCAGUCAGCCAGGUGGUGGUUGGAGACCUCGACCGGCCUGGGUCUGAAGCCAAGGUGUCCGUGGGUCCCGUGCGCUGCCAAGGAGAUCGGAAUUACUGGAACGCGGCUUCUUUCGUUACUUCAUCAUCUUACCUCCACUUCUCCACCUUCCAAGGGGAGACCAGUGCAGACAUCUCUUUCUACUUCAAAACAUCAGCCUCAGAUGGGGUGUUUCUUGAGAAUCUGGGGAACACAGACUUCAUCAAACUGGAGCUGAAGUCUGCUACCGAGGUCUCCUUCUCGUUCGACGUGGGAAACGGGCCGGUGGAAAUUGUGGUGAGAUCUCCUAAUCCGCUCAAUGAUGACCAAUGGCACCGGGUCAAUGCCGAGAGGAACGUCAAGCAGGCCAGCCUGCAGGUGGACCAGCUUCCCCUGGAGGUCCGGAAAGCUCCGACAGAAGGACACACGCGGCUGGAAUUGUACAGCCAGCUCUAUGUCGGUGCUGCAGGAGGCCAGCGAGGCUUCCUGGGCUGCAUUCGCUCCCUGAGGAUGAACGGGGUGACGCUGGACCUGGAGGAGAGAGCCAAGGUCACGCCUGGGGUGAAGCCUGGCUGCUCUGGCCACUGCACCAGCUACGGCAUGUACUGCGCCAACGGGGGCAAGUGCGUGGAGAAAUACAAUGGCUACUCCUGUGACUGCUCCACAACUGCCUACGAUGGGCCAUUCUGCAUAAAAGAUGUGGGAGCAUUUUUUGAAGAAGGAAUGUGGCUUCGUUACAACUUCCACUCCCCGGGGACUAGCAUGAAGGAUUUAGUCAGCCGGACGCUUUUGAGUUCUGCAGAUCCUGAGAUCACAGGUCCUGACCUCAGCUUGAGCAAGGAAGAGCUCAGCUUCAGCUUCAGCACCACCAAGUCCCCUUGUGUCUUAUUUUAUGUCAGCUCCUACACUCCAGACUUCAUGGCUGUGCUUGUGAACCCCACGGGGAAUCUGCAAAUUCGGUACAACCUCGGGGGCACCAAAGAGCCAUACAACAUUGACAUUGACCACAGGAACAUGGCCAAUGGCCAGCCCCACACCGUUAAUGUCACACGGAACGGGCGGGACAUCGUACUGCAGCUUGAUCACUAUCCUCCAACAAGUUACAGCCUGCCAGCCACAUCUGACAUUCAGUUCAAUUCCCCAAAGGCACUAUUCCUAGGAAAAGUCAUAGAAAUUGGGAAGAUUGACCAAGAUAUAUAUAAAUACAACACCCCAGGAUUCACUGGCUGCCUAUCAAGAGUCCAAUUCAACCAGAUUGCUCCACUCAAAGCAGCUCUGAGACCUACCAACGCCUCCUCCCACGUCCACAUCCAAGGAGAACUGGUGGAAUCCAACUGCGGAGCGUCUCCCCUCACCAUCCCACCAAUGUCGGCCGCCACCGACCCCUGGCACUUAGACUCAGCAAGUGCUGAUUUUCCGUACAAUGGUCAAGCUAUAGGAGAUGGAGUUAACAGAAACUCAGCUAUUAUUGGAGGCGUCAUCGCGGUGGUGAUCUUCACCAUCCUGUGCACGCUGGUGUUCCUGAUCCGCUACAUGUUCCGCCACAAGGGAACCUACCACACCAACGAGGCCAAAGGCGCAGAGUCCGCCGAGAGCGCCGACGCCGCCAUCAUGAACAACGACCCCAACUUCACGGAGACCAUCGACGAGAGCAAGAAGGAAUGGCUGAUCUAAGCCCACGGGGAUGGGGCCUGGGGUGGGAUGUGAGCUGGGCCAGGGUGGGACUGGGGUGACUCUUGCAAUGGAGAGAGAACACUCUGUGUCGGACACUUGAGCACACAUAGGAUAAAAAGAUCAGCACAACUGGAGGAGCAAGUGACAGGAAAAUACCACUGAGACUGGAGAAAAAAAAAAGAAUAUCUCAAGAAUUUAAGAAAAAAUACUUUUUAAUAUUUAUUUACAGCAAAUUGCCCCUUCUGUAUCCCAACAACUACAACAAAGAGCAGUUUUGCAGCUUCAGCACUGGUUACAAUUUUCAGUAAUACCUGUGUGUGUGUUUAGAGAUGUUCUGGAUACCUGUGACAAGAAACAGGGCUGGUUUUUUAUAUUUUUAAAAGCUGUUUAAAAUGUGGGUUGCUCUGUCCUGAGAACAAGUGGCAGCCCUUUCUUCCUGAUAUUGUGUUCCCUCCUGGCUGGCCACUUCCCUGCCCUCAGCCCCACACCUUUGUGACCAUGUCACCAUUUAUUUGGGUGACAUUGAUCCAGGGGGUGGGACAGGGGGUGAGGAGUAAUGCAAAUCUUAUUCGCCAGUUUCUCAACAUCUCAUCAGCCCAUGUCAGCCCUGGCAGGGCCCAUCUUCUUGACCCAGGCACUUCACUGAUUGUGUGCAAUUCUCAUCAGCAAUGUAAAAAUACUGUUAUUAUGACUACUAUUACUAAAGAGGAUUAUCAUAAAGCACAGGAGGCUUUAAAGGUUUUUUGUAUUAUUUUGUUGGUCUCUGAAGGAGGAUGAUGCUGUGUGAGUCUGUAGACCUAGUCUGUUCCUGUGUCCUUGUCUGUGGCACCAGGUCACCACCUGAGGCACGUGCCAAGUUAAACUCAGCUCUGCCUGUGGCAUAUUGACAUAUUCUGUACAUUGCAGUAGGGAAUUAGAGCCAGACUUUGUUUCCUUCUGUUUAUUAUUAAUAGGCUGUCAUAGAAGUAUUAGUACAGCUUUACUCAGUGCAUUUGAACCCAUGGACUUCACACCCUUUUUUUUUCAACUUGAGAGUAGCAAUUUAUUCCUUAAAUCCCUUGUUUCAGUCCCUUUGCAAGGAAAGCCUCCGCUGGCAGUGUUUGCACAGUCAGGAAGGUGAGGCAAAGGAGGCUUUAAAACUCUGCCUCCAGAGUAUGUGAGGAACACACAGCACACAGGGGGGAGUUACUUUUCAAUACAGAGAUUUACCCCAACUAUUUUACUGUCUUUCUAGGGUGUUUUUAAAAAUAGCAAGGCCAAUGCCAAGUACAGCAUUGCAUCCCAUUUUUCCUCUCAAAUCAGGAGUGUCCUAGGUGUCACCUGAACAGCAGGCAGGCAGCUGGAAGGAAAGACCAAGGGGCAGCCUGAAGACUUAAUAUCCUUUUGUGGCAAUAAUUUAACAAAGCUUUAGCUUGCCCUCUGCAGAGAAGCAUGAUUCUCCUAUGGUCUGAAUUGAUAGGAAUUUAAGGCCUUAGUGGACAGGUCUUGCAGUGGAACAGAAUGAAGUAAUGAAUAUACUGCAGGGCUUUGCCAUGUGCUGAAAGAACAGAAUCAAUACCAGGAAUUUCCCAUUAAAAGCAUUUAUUCUUCUGACAGUCCUAGAUUUGCUUUGUCUUUAAUAUUUCUGAGUUUAGUAUGCACAGAUUUAAUUCAUUUUACUGCACAAGAAAGAUUUACUUUUCACCCAAACAUGCAAUCUACUACACUGAGCAGUGCUGGCAUUUUUUAUUUCAUUAUCUCUUUUGUUGCAACCUUCAUUAUUCUAAUUG